AUGACAAGUAUCAAAUUUGACAAUUCUAACAAACUUUGUAGCUUAACGAGACAAAAUCUUGAAAGACACAUUCAAACAUUUGCUGAUACUUUGGAAAUUAAGCAACAGGACACUUUGGCAUUUGCAACGAUCCAACAAUCACGCAUAGGAACAGAUUAUUAUUCACAUUUUGAGCCUAAUUUUGAAGAAGAAACUACAACUUUCAAAUCUGUUUUGAAAAAGCACAAGAACAUGAGGAACGAUAAAAAACCUGGGCAGCAGAAGACACCAACACCGCUAGAAACUGAUCUUGUUUCUGAAGACGAGGAAUUUAUAAGUACCCGACUUAGAAGAGGAAUUCCAGUCGAGAGAGUCGGUAGUAAUCAAAAUACUUCGUUGAAAAAAAGAAGUGCUCACUUGGAACAUAAUCACAAAUUAUCAGAUGAUGAAGACGAUAAUUCUAACACAAAUGAUUCUUACUUGGAGCCGCGAUCCCACCAACGACAUAAAUCAAAAAGAACACAGUCAUCAUCAAAUAAACAAGUUAGCAGAAACUCAAUCCCGUCAACAACUAAGAAAAAUGCUUCUGCGAACAAGUCAAAAUUUGAUUACAAGAAAAAAGGACGAGAGAGGGUGACAUCUAAGAAGAGAGGAAAAAUUAAUAAUACCAAGAGUCUAAUGGCAAGCUCUCGAGUAGUCCAGAAUUUUAUCUCAAAUAAGAUUGGAAGUGAACGAAUUACAUUGAAAUCAAAAGAUAAAAGCAGUCACCAUGGAAUUUUUAAUAAAGGCAAGGCUUCGAAGAAAGUUGUGACUAAAGGAGUGCCAGAUUUGGUUUUUUCAGAGGUUCAUUUUCUGGAUGACGACUCGAGAAAAAGAACAUGUCUGUCAAGUGAAGAUGAGAGUUAUUCUCUACAGUAUCCUCAUCCUGUGCAAAAGAAGAGGACCAAGGUUACGACAACGGUAUCAGAAGAAUCUCUUGAAAAAUCAAGCUUAGCAUCAAGUAAAAGUAAUAGCAUUUUCGAGGAUUAUAUGAUUAUAGAUGUGGAGCCGCCCAAAAGAUCUAAGGUCACGAAGACGAAAGCAACCUCUGCAAAAUUAUUUUUUGAAAAUCAUGAGAAAAAUAAUUCGAACAUGCGAAAGAUGCCCGAAAAACAUCCCCCAAAGAAAUCCUCAGUUGCUAAAGUAAACGCUACCCCGUCGGAUGUUUUUCUUGAGAAAGAUAUAUUGAACGAUGAACUGAACGAGAUUGACACUAUUUCAGGAGAGUCUUCAAUGCCUCAACAAUCUAUGUCUCAGAAAAAAGAUGAACUUGAAACCAGUCAAACUGACAUCGAAAAAAUUCUAGAGCCAAUAGAUGCAUCCGAAGACAAAAAAGAACUUCAAACAGGCCAAGAAAUUGAGCAAAUUGCAAAAGAGCCACCAGAUAAUGAAGAACAAGAUAUUACUCCAAAAGACAGCUUGAAUACUGAAAAUGAUUCACAAUCUCUCAUAAUUAGAAUGAUCAACGACUUGGACUACCGAGUCACUGAUAAUAGCAAUUCAAAUAGCAAUAAUAAUUGCAAUGAUUUUAAUCCUGAUGUUCAUGUGGCUCUUACCGAAAGAAAUUUGACUCAAGAUUAUGACUUUGAUGAAAUCAUUGGAGAUUGCGAUGUUACUGACAACAUAACAAGAAACAUUAUCAAUCUACCAAAUGAAGGUCUACUUGAGAUAGAAAAUGCCAUUCAAAUGAUCGAUAACUUGAAUGAAGAUGAAAAAGACGAGAAUGAAAUUUAUUUCUUUGAUAGUAAUAAUAAACAUGAAUGGCUUUCGGAACAACCGAUUGGAGGUGAAGAAAACUCGGUCUCAAGAUCUCUUUAUGAUGAUUAUUCAGACAAUUUGCAAGUUCUUUUUAGUUUUAGCUCUUGA